CUGGCCUGGCCGCUGAGAGAUAGGCAGAGCUGGGGAUGUUUGCGAUGGAGCCAGCUAACUAGGAAGGGCGGCUACACCUUUAAGUGAAGGGAAACCAGAAGCAGUCAGCGCCGCCGCUGGGACCAACUCUUGCUGGGCUCACUGGGACAUUUCGAUAUGACACUUGUCGAACUGAUCCUCACGUUUUGCCUCCUGCGAGACGUCACAGGUCAGUUUGGGAACCCCUUGAACAAAUAUAUUCGCCAUUAUGAAGGUCUAUCGUACGACACACAAGCCCUGCACAACAGUCACCAGAGAGCCAAGAGAGCACUGUCGCCUCAAGACAGCACUGUGCACCUGGACUUCCACGCACAUGGAAGACAAUUUAAUCUGCGGAUGAAGAGGGACACAACUCUAUUUUCUCCAGAUCUCAUCAUCGAGGUAUCAGGAGAGGAGGCACCGAUUGAUACAUCGCAUAUUUACAGUGGAGAAAUCUUUGGUGAAAAGGGCACAUUGAGCCAUGGCUCUGUGCUCGACGGGCGCUUCGAGGGCUUCAUUAAAACCCACCAAGGAAUGUACUAUGUUGAACCCUCAGAGAGGUACCUACAGGACAAGAAUGUGCCCUUCCACUCGGUCAUGUAUCAUGAGGAUGACAUCAAUUAUCCUCAUAAGUAUGGCUCAGAGGGCGGCUGUGCUGACCACUCUGUGUUUGACAAGAUGAGGAAGUACCAGGCAUCGGCAGUAGAAGAGCAAACCAAAGGGGUGAACAGUGUGUUGGAGGAGGAGAGCUUCCAUGUUCCCGUCAUCCUGAGGAGGAAGAGGGCGGCUGGGAAAGAGAAAAACACCUGCCAGCUCUUCAUCCAGACUGACCACAUGUUCUACAAAUACUACCGAUCAAGAGAGGCCGUCAUUGCUCAGAUCUCAAGCCAUGUCAAGGCUAUCGGCUCCGUUUACCAGGCCACAGACUUCAUGGGCAUCCGAAACAUUGGCUUCAUGGUUAAAAGGAUUAGGAUAAACACCACCAUCGAGGAGAUUGACCCAAACAAUCCUUUUCGCUUUCCGAAUAUCGGAGUGGAAAAGUUUUUGGAGCUUAACUCUGAACAGAACCAUGAUGACUACUGCUUGGCCUACGUCUUCACUGAUAGGGACUUUGAUGAUGGCGUGCUGGGCUUGGCCUGGGUUGGCGCUCCCUCAGGAAGCUCUGGGGGCAUCUGUGAGAAGAGCAAACUGUACUCUGAUGGGAAGAGGAAAUCUCUGAACACUGGUAUCAUCACUGUGCAGAACUAUGCCUCUCAUGUUCCUCCCAAGGUGUCACACAUCACCUUUGCUCAUGAGGUUGGGCACAACUUUGGCUCUCCUCACGACUCUGGGAGCGAAUGCACGCCUGGAGAGUCUAAGUUACAGGACAAAAAGGAGCGGGGCAACUACAUCAUGUACGCCAGAGCCACAUCUGGGGACAAGCUCAACAACAACAAGUUCUCCAUCUGCAGCAUCCGCAAUAUUAGUGCUGUGUUGACAAAGAAGAGAGACAGCUGUUUUGUUGAGUCUGGCCAACCUAUCUGUGGUAAUGGACUGGUAGAGAUUGGAGAAGAGUGUGACUGUGGCUACAGUGAUCAGUGUAAUGACCCCUGCUGCUAUAACGCCAAUGAAGAGGAGGGCAAAAGGUGUAAACUCCAACCUGGCAAAAUCUGCAGUCCCAGCCAGGGCCCAUGUUGCACACCAACGUGCAUUUUCAAGGGUGCAACUGACGGGUGCAGACUGGAGUCGGAGUGUGCCCAUGAGGGGAGAUGCAAUGGAGCGACUGCUCUGUGUCCUGCCUCGGAACCAAAGGAAAACUUCACGUCCUGCCAUUCAGAAACACAAGUCUGCCUCAAUGGGGUCUGCGCUGGUUCCAUUUGUGAGAAGUAUAAUCUUGAGGUCUGCACCUGUGCCAGCCAAGAGGGCGAGGAUGAAGCAGCCGAGCUGUGCCAUGUGUGCUGCAUGGACAAAAUGAACCCCAGUUCCUGCAGCAGCACAGGCUCAGAGAAAUGGUCCAAAAUCUUUAACAACACGGUCACAACGCUGCAGCCCGGCUCACCCUGCAAUGACUUUAAGGGCUACUGCGAUGUGUUCAUGAAGUGUCGCCUGGUGGACGCCGACGGGCCUCUGGCAAGGCUAAAGAAAGCCAUCUUCAAUGCGGAGCUCUAUGAGAAUAUAGCAGAGUGGAUAGUGGAUCACUGGUGGGCAGUGCUGUUGAUGGGCAUCGCUCUUAUUAUGCUAAUGGCUGGCUUCAUCAAGAUCUGCAGCGUCCACACCCCCAGCAGCAACCCCAAACUGCCCCCAGCAAGGCCACUGCCAGGUACACUGAAGCGGAGGAGACCGCAGCAGGCGAACCAACAGGCGCAGGGCCAGCGGCACCAACGUCAGCACAGAGAGAACUAUCAAAUGGGACAGAUGAGACACUGAGACACUGGUCUGCUCUUUGCCUUGGUUCUUCCUAGUGCCUACAGUGGGAGCACUUCACUCCAAAGAGAUACCUUUACCACAAACGUCAAAGAACUUGCAACUGAAACGAUUUCACUGGACAAACCCUGAAGAUUUGUAAUUCUUUGCUAUAUUUUUUGGAGCCUAACAAAACUCACUCAGCCCCUCUGCUCUGAGAGGCAAAUUAAAAGUGGUUCACACAGUUUUCAUUGGAAAUAGAUACUUUUUCCAAUGAGGACCAGGAGCAGUAAUUCACUGAUCUGUUAUGUGGUCUUAAUCUUUGUUCUUUCAAGGUUUUUUAAAUUUUAUUCAGAUAAUGGAGGCGAGAGAAGCAGCUUUGUGCAAGAGUUUCCUUCCUUUGUCCUACAUCUGUGCAACCUUUUUCUUUCCUGUUCUUCCACUCCGAAGUGCUGCCAUCAUCAGCACAAUAGCAGGACUGCAAGGUGCAUGAGUUUUUUCUACCAAUCAAAAACAACAUUGAGACAUUUUGUUGGAAACAAAUAUUCUUUUUUUUGGCCAAUUUAAUUAGAUAGUUUUAAAAUCAAAACACCAUUAAAACGAAAGCUUUUAGUUUCUAUUACUUCUUAAUUUCGCAUACACGCUCCUUCAUUGUGCAAUUGUAGAGAUGUUGCAGUAGAUUUUAUUUUUUCUCUUAAUGAAAUUGAUCUUCUGUAUGAUGAGGAUUAUUUACUGUUUUCACUUUCUCAGGAUAAUAAAACAACAGCAAACAAGUGUAUUUGGUGGAAAAGAUAGCUGCAUGCAUGUUUCAGAGUAAAGUCCCUCCUUUGCAGACGGGUUCACGUCAGCUGCUGUGGGAUGUGGAGGCAGUUAGCAUGAAGAGAAUGUAGAUGAACAAGCUUAAUCAGAUUAUAGGGGCAUCUGUAGAUGGAGGGUUUUUCUGGAUGUGUAUAUUUGUUAUUGUGACAUGGUUUUGCAGCUGUGUUUACACAUUGUCUGUAGUCUGGGGCUGACAUAAAUGAUGAGAGAUUAGCUUUUAUCAACCUGAUUGUAUCAGACUUUUAAAUUUGUUAAAACCACUCGACUCCUUGAGGGCCUCUGUAGCCAGACAGAGAACCUCUCUGGUUUUAAAUGUGAUUUGUUGGAUUCUGCUUUUAUUGAUUUUACUUGCUGUUCAGAUUAUUUGUAUAUCUGGAAAAAUUGAAUCAACUGAGGGAAACUAGAGAUUAAAAUUUUAUUGUUGCGCUGUUGCUGCUCUUAACAAAUGUUGAACAAUCAAUGUGUCGGCCAUCUCUUCUUGUUCCCUUCUGUCUUUUUUUCCCCUUCUCCCUACCGCUUGGGAUUUUCUUAAGGAACUUUGUUUCCCUUGUUACACCCUCUUGGUUUGUUUGAUUACAUGAAAAAUGUGCCUACUUAGAAUAGUGUGACAUCAAGUUGGUGUCCUAUUGUCUGUGAUCUUUACCAAGACUGAAACAUGUGGUGCAUGAGAGGUGGCGGUGCAGCCAAGUGACUGCUGGAAUCAAAAAAAGGAAACGUGUUGUAAGUGUUGAGGCUUGGGACUUUGGGUGAUUUAUAAUAUUCACAGUAGAUUUAAAAGAUACAUACAGUAUACUAUUUUGGCCUACACGUAAGAAAACCAGAUGUUACCAACACAAGAUUUCACAUUAUAUUCCACAAAAUGUUUUUCCAGCUUGUAAUUAAUAUCUACAUUUUUAUGAUAUAUUGCUGUCCAGCCCUUCGGCUUAAUUUGAGUUUUCAGUUGUCGUCAGAUUGAAUCGAUGUCACCUUCACUGACAGAUGGAUGAGAGGGCAGAAUACUCCAGAAUUGUGUUACUGGUAAAUAUAGAAAUAUAGAUGUAUAGAUAUAUCUAUAUCUAUAUAGAUAUAGAUAUAGUUUUUUAACUUGGUGGAGACCUUUUCCUAACCUUGUAAAUGAAUUGUAUAAAGCACAGCUGCAGCUCAGCUUUGUUUUUCUGUGCAAGGUGCUCGGCUGGUGUUCGGAUAGAUUCUAUGCAGAGGAUCACAGCGUUCAACUGCGAACAAGUUAUAGCCUCUUCACUUAGAAAUGCCUUCAUCGUGUUCUUCUAGAUGGGUACUUGGAGAAUUCUGUUGUGUUUUCAUGACAAAAUAGUUACUCAUGUCCAUACGCCACCGCAGCGUUUCUGAACAGACAAAACAAUACAAUCCUCUUCUGCUUCUUUUGCUGAUUUGUUUGUCGUUUUGGUGCUACUGGUAGUGCUUUCUCUUGGGUUGCAGGCUAAACUAUAUUUUUCAUUAUCUUCAGCGUGCGUGCGUGCGUGUGUGUGUAUGUAUGGUCUGGACAAUGGUGGGUGUUUAGGGAUAAAACUCUGGGAAAAUCUCUCUCUCACGUUUCUGUGACGAUAAGAAAAUGUGCACUGAAGUGUAGAAAAACUGAGACUCCAAAAUCCUAUAGAUCCAGUUCUGCUGUCUGAUUGUCAUUGUCUCCUGUGUUUUAUACACUGUCUUUGUCUGUAAUUCACUUUGUUGUUGUGUUCCUCCACUCUGCUUAGUUUGAAAAUUUUUACUAAAUUUGCAUAGGUAUUGUGCAGAGAUAUAAUUUCUUUUGAACUACUUGAAAUGCAUUAAUAAACCAGAAUUGACCUAAA